AUGGCCAACGUGGCAACCAUGCAUGCGCAAAGGCUCGCGCAAAAGCCCCCCAAAACACACCACGAAUCCUCUUGCUCGUUGCUGGCGAAUGCUGCCCCACAUGCAUUCAUAUUCAUGACUCAUGCUUCGCCGUUUGUGUCGUUGAACACUUGUGCAAUCGCAAUCGCAGUCGCAGUCGCAGUCGCACAAGCUCCAAGUUCCAAGCCCGAAAUUCUGAGAGAGGCUUGGCUUGGCGUGCAUUGUUUCCAAUCGCCACGCUUCGCGUCUAGGCGCUGGUUGAAAUCACGAACAUGGAUAGGAGCUCGCUGCAUCUUGAUCCACGGUUCAGUCACGAGACACGGUCCUGUCUGUCUAUCUGUCGGCCUUGGUAGAGUGGAUCGUUUGGGGCUGCGCUGCGCUGCGUCCGGAAAUUCGUUGGUCCAGCAAGCAUUAUCUCUCGAUCAGGUUGGUGCUCAUCCAGGUGGCGAAAUCGUGAAUGCAGAGUCCAGCCCAGAAUCGUGA